AUGGAUAUCACGCUCCCCUCCACCAGCUCUGCCCUAUUCAACGUCCCAAAGCUAGCCGAGGAUGGCAGCAACUGGAUUACCUACAAGGAGAGAACGUUAACGGCAAUCGGUGCGAGAGGUCUGAUGCACUAUAUCACUGGUUGCGCAGUACGACCUGCCCCUAUCUCCUUGCCUCAAGAGGAUGAUGGCACCGAAGUGACGGACGCAGAGAUCGAGGCAUUUGAAAAGAAAAUGGAUGAGUACUAUCAAAAGGACUCACUAGUGAAGCAACAAAUCUUCAGCACCAUAACGGAUAGGCUGUUGUUGCGCGUCCAGAAGCUCGGGUCCGGAUCAAAUGUCUGGGCCGAGAUCUGCGACAUCCACGAAGGAAAAACCGAGCUCGUCCAGAUUGAUCUGAGGCGAAGACUUCAGGAGACGAGGUGUGAGGAAAAUGGUGAUGUCAAGACUCACUUUAGCGAGAUGCUUCAGCUCCAUGUGUUAAGACCGUAG